AUGAGUUCUAAAACAGCCCGGGACUUGGGGGACGGGAACGGGAACCUAAGCGCAAAGGUUGACCCCGCUGUUGCUGCUAAACUUCCGUAUGGUGCCAAAAUCGUGUCUACAGAGAAUCAUGGCUUCAGCUUCCGGGCUACAACCGGGCGCAUUGAUGUUAAGUUAGUGGACGGGUCGCGCCAGAGAUUCUUUAUGAAAGUUCUAUUAGAGGAGAGAGGCAGAGCGAUGGUUCACGGCGAGUUUGAGUCAAUGACUGCAAUUUAUAAUCUCAUCCCUGAUUCCGUCCCGAAACCGAUCGGCUGGGGUACCUAUGAGACAAUACCCGACACACACUUUUUCCUAUGUGAAUUCAAGGAUAUCGACCAAGAGUUGCCAGAUAUACGCAAGUUCACCGAACGUCUUGGGAAUCUACACAAGAAUAGCAAAUCACCGACUGGGAGGUUUGGAUUCCAUGUCCCUACCUAUAACGGCAACCUGUCACAGCACACUGAGUGGUCGGAUAGUUGGGAGAUCUUCUUCGCGAAAGCACUGCGACACGCACUCAUGCAUGAGAUUUCAGCUCGUGGCCCCAGCGAAGAAAUCGACAUUUUGAGUCCUGUCAUAUUUGACAUAGUGAUCCCACGUUUGCUGCGGCCGCUUGAAAGUGAAGGUCGAUCUAUCAAGCCCUGUCUGAUACAUGGUGAUUUAUGGUAUGGAAAUACCGGAAGGGAUGCUACCACAGACAAUCCUGUUAUGUUUGACGCCUGCUCUUUCUACGCUCACAACGAAUAUGAACUUGGGCAAUGGGCACCAGCUUGCAACCGGUUUGGUUUCGAGUAUGUCCAAGGAUAUCAUUCACACUUGCCCAUAUCAUCUCCAGUAGAAGACUACCAAGGCCGUAUCGAUCUCUACAAACUGCGAUUCAACACACAUGUCUCGGCCCUCUUCCCCAAAAACAAAAUCUUCGAGAACAGUACGCAACAAACCAUCCUGGGCUUCGAGUUGCACGGUCAAACUAGCUGA